UGGAUGUAAACACAGCACACUGCUCGCUUUUACGUUUCAUUAAACAUUACUCUGUCUUUUAUAUAAGCACAUUAACCAUGAAGAAGCUUUUCGAUGGAUUUAAGAAGGAUAUACAGUUUAAAACAGCAGGACCAGGAAAGAAACUGACUGAAGAUACCAGCAAAAAGGUUCCAACAGGGCAAACAGCUAGUCAGGUCAAGCCACGUGGUGGCCCCACUGACGGUGCCCAGAAAGCUGGAGCCGCAGCACUGGCCAGGAUCGAACAGCAACACAAACCCCUUCCACACACCUCAAAGGAUGCCAUCAGAAACAUGGUGAAGAGGGAGCUUGAAGCCGAAGCUGCAGCUACAGCAACGGAUCAUAAAAGUGCAGACAGCGAGCUUCCAGCGAAGGAGGCUGCAUGUUUUUCUGUAUCUGGAGUGUACUUCAUCUGCCCACUGACUGGCACAACCGUAUUGAAGAACGAGAGAGAGGCGCACAUCAAGGAAGCGAUUCUGUUGAGAUUUUCAGAGAAUCCGGUUGAGGCGUCUGUAAUGAUGAUCCACACUUUCAACAAGGACAGAGAAAAAGUGAAAGCUGCUGUGGACAUCAUCAGCAAGUACAUCGACAACAUCUGUAAGAAUCCGACAGAAGAAAAAUACAGGAGGAUUAAAGUCAGCAACAAAGUCUUUCAGGAGAAGGUCAGUGCAAUUGAAGGGAGUCGGGAGUUCCUGCAGGCUUUAGGAUUUCAGAGCACUAUGUUGCCAGUGGAUGGGCAAGAGUCCACAGAAGAAUUCUUUGUGCUGGAGGAGCAGGAUGCCACCGCUCUGGAGCUAAUAAAGGAGAGGAAGGAGCAGCUACAGAAAGGAGAGCCAGUUCGAGCCAAGCUGGAUCGCCAGGCACAAGCCUUCAGACCUUCUCAGCAUGCAACUCGCUUCGAGUUACCACCAGAUUUCUACAACCUGACUGCAGAGGAGCUGAAAAAAGAGCAGCAGCACAAAAGUGAUUUAGUAGAAAGAAACGCCAUGCUGCGCACAAAAGCCAUGCGUGAAAAGGACGAGCAAAGGGAGAGAAGAAAGUACAACUAUACCCUUCUGAGAAUACGGCUGCCAGAUGAAAACAUACUGCAGGGGACUUUCUUUGCAUUUGAGAAGGUGGCGGGAUUGUACCAAUUUGUGCGUGACUCAUUGGAGAACGGCUGGCAACCCUUUGAGCUUCUGGCACCAGGUGGCCAGAAACUGAAGGAAGACGAAGAUGUUGCACUGAAUGACUGUAACCUUAUCCCAGCAGCUCUGCUGAAUUUCUCCUGGGAUGCAGCAGUCCAGGCAGAUAUAGCUGCAGCCGGAGGACAGACCACCUCUGUGCUGAAGCCAGAAUUGCUGGAGAACAUUAAAUCUCUAAGCUAAAUGCUAACUCUGCACCCUGCCACCUCGCUGCUGUUCUGGCCCAAGCCUCCGGUAUUCACUCUGCUGUUCUAGCGGUCGUCUUUCCUGCUGGAGUGUAGACCACACAGCACCACACUUAUUACGUUUAACAGGCAGAGCAUUAAUGGAAUUGCUGACUGUGAUGCAGGAAGAGAAAUACAGAAGAUAUUCAUGAUUAAUCAGUGAUAGGACAGUUUUAGAGAGGAGAGCUGGCACCACUGGCCAAAAACGUUCACAUUACAUUUGCGGCAUUUAGCAGUGCGGCCUUACUUAGGCACCCAACAGUGGCAACUUGGCUGUGGUGGAGCUUCUGAUUACUAGUCCAGUACAUUAACCGCUUGUAACCACUGCCCAUCACAUCAUACCCAGCUAAACAGUAUUGUGUUUGGUAAUAUUCUAGAAAAUGAAAGUCUAUUGCACUAUGCUGCUAUUGUUAAUGUCUACGCAUUUAUAUUUUUAUUUAGUUAUUUUUAGUGUAUAACAGAAUAAAAUACUUUUUUGAUGCUAAAGAAAAAUGAAGGCUAAUAGCUUUUUUUAAAAUAACAGUAGCAAAUUCUGAGGCCGACCUUUCUUUAUGGAUGUCAACUUGGUUGUCCAGAGCACCUUUCUACUUACUAUUUCAUAUUUAUUAGCUUUAACACCACUACAUGCGAGGGGGUGCAGCAGUCUUUUAUGCUAGCCCACUACCACAGAGAUCCAGUAUUCAAAUCUCAGUGGUGGUAUGAGCUGGCCAGGUGUCUACACAGACAUGAUUGGCUGUUGAUGUUUUCAGGCAUAGGUUGGGGGGUUAGGCGGCCGAAGUCCUGAGAUGGAUUGGCGCCCUGUCUAGGGUCAAAGGUUGCUGUGACCCUGACCAAAAUAAAACGGUUGAUGAAAAUGAAACAAAACUUUAAAUGGUUUUUCAUUUCAAACUUGUGGGGGGAAAACCUUAACAACCUACCUCCAACAAAACGAGUGAAUGUCCACUUCCGUUAUCACAAGAAUACUGAACACUAGUACAUUAGUUUGCCUAGAUAGGUGGAACAGUAAUGCAUCGUUCUCACUAUUUCCCCAGCAGCAGUUUGGAACGGUCUUGAAGUGUGUUUAUGUUUUAAGAUCAUGUAAUUGUCCAGCUUAAACUGCUAGAACGUUUUCAAUAUGAAUGCUUAUGCUAACUGAAUUGUGCUACUGUGUUGCUUCAACUUAUUUUCUGUAUGUAAUAAAGGUUGCAUUAAUAAGAUAAAUCA